AUGGCCAGUGGAUGUGAGACUCUACCAGCGAUCGUACAGGAACUUCAGCUUCUCAAACAUUCGCUGCUUCCCGACGAGCGUAUGACGCUGCUCUCGCCCUUGACAGCAGAAGAGGCCCUGGAAAGUGCUCUGGAUGCUCUGAGCGGCGACGAUCUCUCCGAGCUCUCAGAUAGCCUAAGCGGCAAUGCCUUUCUUACUCUAGCAUUUGAGUUGGAAGACUGGCGCGGUAUAUGGUUCGAAAACAAUAUCUGCCUGGCAGCCUCGGUACCCACGACUUCGGGAGGCGAAGAUCGGUACGACAUUAUGGUGAAGGGCGAAAACCUAGGACGUGAGGAUCAGACGCGAUGGCAGAGCAUAGUGCACGAUAAAAGACGCGAAGUCGCAGAAUCAGGCAGUGAAUAUCCUUUGUUUCAGCUAGUAUCAGAGCAUCUACUUCCGCUACUUCAUGAAGAAGCGACGGCUCAGCACAUGCUCCAUGAGAUCAACGGGACUCAAACGGUCUUGCCCAGAUCUCCAGGUCCAGUCUACCAUGCCCUCCUAACCAGUCACCACCUCAAAGCCCCGAGCAAACGACGCGACAUGGCGCACUGGGCAUCACAAUUGCAUCUAUCUGGCUUCGCCAAAGUUGGACAUCCAGGCGUGAUGUACGCCGAAGGUGUGCACGAGGACGUCGAGGAGUUCGUACAGAACGUGAAGGCGAUGCAGUGGCUCGCGUUACGCGUGCGUUUUGUCGAGCCUUUGCCGGAGGGACUUAGGCCUGCGGAGAAGAAGGAAUGGAAGGAGUUCGAGAAGGUUGGAGAGGUUGUCGAUGAGAUGAGGAGGUUGGGCGGUAGGGAGGCAUUUGUUGUAGAGAUGGGUAUUGGGAGUGCCAAGUAG